GAAGUCCGUGGGCCCUGGGCCCGGCCCCGGCCCCGCUUAUAAGAGAGACGGACCCUCUGCUUCCCCGCGUCCCUAGAGCCGAGCCAACGAACGAACGCCGCAACUCCCUCCACCCCCUAAAAAAACUCCCUCUCCCUCCGAAACCGCGAGCGCCAGCGGGAUCCAUCGCAGCCCAACGGACGGACGGACGGCGCGGAGGGAUCGGUCCAUCGGCGCACACAUGGGCAUGCCCGGCGACGACUCGCGCUGCCGGAAGCACCCGCCCGUGCCCUGCGGCGGCGUGUGCCCGCACUGCCUCUGCGACCGCCUCCUCCGCCUCUGCCCCGACUGCGCGCGCACGCGCCCCUGCGCCUGCGCCUCCCCCUCCUCCCCGUCCUCCUCGGCGUCCUCCGCCUCCGUCGGCCGGGUCUGCAGCCUCAUCGAGCGGGAGCGCCGGAUCGGGCGCUCGCGGUCCGUGGCCGGCGGCAUCGGCGCCGACGAGAGGCGCCGGUCCAGGGUCUGGGGCUGGGCCUCGUUCCGGAAGCCUGCGGUCGGCAAGGGAAUGGAGUUGGAGAGCGAGGAGGAGCGCCACGUCGCCGAGGACGCGGCGGCAUUGGAGCGGUCGAGCUCCGCCUCCGCGGAGAAGUUGGCGCCCAAAACGGGAGGGUGGGGGCGGUUCCUCCCCGGCCCGAUCAAGGCGCUGCGCCACCGCAAGUCGCGCGCUUCCGCCGGCGCCAGCGCCCGAGGCGAUCGCCGGGAGGGCGUGAGGUGAGAUCGCCGGCCGGCGCGCGGCUAGGUUGUUUUCUUUCCGUGCCUGUUGUGAUGAUCCAUGGAUCUCGUUGGUUGGUGAUCCUGUAACCCUGAGUCGUCCCGGCCCCUUCGGGUCUCGCCCGUGAUUAUACAUAAUAAAGUUGUGAAUAGAAUGUGUUAGCUGAUCCCAA